UUUUGUGCUCGUCGACGGGUUACCACGGAGCCCGGAGACUGAUACGACCCUAAACUGGACCACCUGUGGAUACUCCUGAAGGAGCGCGUUCAACAACACUCGAGGCUCGAGGCACCAUGUGGCUGUUAGAGAAGCUGCGCAGCUCCAUGGAGAGUAAGGGACCACACCCUCAGCCCCCGCAGACCACCGAGGCCAUUCCUGUUUCUGUGUACGCUAACGUGCUCACGCCGCAAAAGAUUCCCGAUUUCUUCAUCCCCCCCAAACUCAUCUGCUGCCCGCCAGAGUCGGAAAGCCCCGAGCUUCAGGGCCGCUUGCGACCGUCCGCCUCCGACCACACCAUCUGCAUCCAGAGCCCCAGACCGCGCAGCAGCAAAAACCCCUGCAGCCCUCGCCUCUUUUCCCGCACGGGAGGGGACACGCGCAACCUCCAGAAGUCCGCAAACCGUCACAUCAUCCAGAUAGAAAGUGCGGACGAGCCGGCCACGGGCGCUUCGGACGGGGUCAACACCAACGCGGACCCCCAGUCGCAGACCGCCAUGUCUCUGCCUUACGUGCCCAAGGCUCAGACCUCCUAUGGCUUUUCCACCCUGAUGGAGUCUCCCCAUACCCGUCGCAAGGAGAGUCUCUUCCACAGCCAUCCGGGUAGUCCUCUUACCUCCCCAAACUCCCAGAGGCGCUCGCAGACGGGGACUCAUCUGACGCCGGCGGACACCAACCUCUACCGCUACUUCAGCGGUGGAGAGAGUGACACCUGUUCCUCGGCGGAAUCCUCGCCCUUUAACUCCCCUCUGCUGUCCCGCUCCGCCUCUCUCCUGCGCUCCAUCACCCAGGAGACGCAAGCCAAGGUCUCCCGGGCCAAACGCUCCCUGGGCCGCCACAGCUCCCUCUCCACGGACGAGUGCAGCUCGGCCGACAACAGCCCCAACAUGCAGCGCCGCCGCCCGCGUUGCCCCGCCUCCCCCGCCCUCCGCAGGUGCCGAAGCAGCGGCCUCCGCGGCGCGGCGCCCGGCCCCCCGCAGCGCGAGCACACCGUCAACCUGCACAAGGGCGGCACGCUCAGGCUCAGCACGCACUACGACCCGGAGGCGGCCCGGCUGAGGGUGCGGGUGCUGGCGGCGGAGGCCAUCUACGACGGGAAGACGGACCUCAAGAGCAUCAACUGCUGCGUGGCGCUCUAUCUGACGCCCGGCAAGAGGCAGAAGCAGCGGAGCACCAUCAUCAAGAACAGCAGGAAUCCCGUCUUCAACGAGGACUUCUUCUUCGACGCGCUGCCUCAGGCGCAGGUGAAGAGUCUGGCCAUGAAGAUCAAGGUGGUGAACAAGGGCACCAGUCUGAAGAGGAACGUGCUGCUGGGAGAGAGGCAAGUGCUGCUCAGUGAGCUGCUGGCAGGCCUUUAGGGGGAAGACUCCGCCCGUCAAAAACAUCUUUACAGUCUUUUCUUCCUUCCACUCCACGUUUGUGAUGAGGAGCUUUCUGGUGGGAGACUUGCACCUUGCAACGCAGCAGCAACACACUUCUCAAGUUAACGUUUGUAAGGCUUCAGUAUAGUCGGAUUCUGUAGUGCAAAACUCCAAAA